AUGCAUUAUGAUGAUUUUGAAGCACUUCAAUCAACCGAAAACGAGACGUUUGAAACAAACAAAAAAAAAACGUUAAGAAGAAGAAAAUUUUUUGAGUGUCUUAAGGCGAUGGAAGGAAGAACACCCCAAGAAGGUGCGCAUUUCAAUGUUGACUUGAAAAAUUCUUUCCAUUUCACAUUAGCUUUAGUUUACAACCUGUCGUCUUCGAGUAAAUUGCGUUUGCAAUAA